AUGAAAUCGACUAUAUCUGCCUCUACUUCGGGAGCUGAUCUGGUUUGUGCAGCUGGCUCAGACUCUGAUCCAAACGUGUGCCCUGUAGAGAGGGUACAGAGCUGUGCCCGUAGAAGAAUGGCCGCUAAUGCCCGGGAAAGGCGACGCAUGCAGGGACUCAACACCGCGUUCGACCGCCUCCGCAAAGUGGUACCACAGUGGGGGCAAGACAAAAAACUUUCCAAAUACGAGACACUGCAGAUGGCCCUGAGCUACAUCAUGGCCCUGACUCGAAUCCUGACUGAGGCCGAGCGCUACAACAAUGAUCGGCGCUGGAUCCACAUCCAGUGUGAACACAUCCAGGGAAGGGAGAACAUCCAGGCUUACCUGGGACAAGCAGCAGAGAAGGAAUGUCACCCAGACAGAAUCUUCCCUUUCAACCACGAGAGCUUCCAGAUCAUCAAUUAA